UUAUCGGCCUGCCUCGGGGACCCGAACCAAUAAGCGAUCUCCCGAGGCGUCACGUGAAAGAGGGGAAGGCGGGGCGAAAGCAGCGGGGGUCACGUGGCUCCGUUGGACGGGCCGCUCUUGAGCACCGGCGGCCGCUUUGGGGGCUCCCGGAGUGACGGGUGUAAGACAGCAUCCGAGUUGCUCAUGUCUUGGGACUCCAGGAUCCGUCUACAUGCUGCGUCCUUAAUUCAUUUGGUGUGCUGAAUGGCUGUUAGAUAGGGAUGUAUAGUCUGAUGGCCAAUUGUUGCAACUGGCUAAAGCGGUGGCGAGAACCUGUCAGGAGUGUGACAUUAAUCAUGGUGGGUCUUGAUAAUGCUGGAAAAACAGCAACAGUGAAAGGAAUCCAAGGAGAGUCCCCAGAGGAUGUGGCCCCAACUGUUGGCUUUUCUAAAAUUGAUCUUAAGCAAGGCCGGUUUGAAGUCACAAUCUUUGACUUGGGAGGCGGCAAGAGAAUCCGGGCUAUCUGGAAGAAUUACUAUGCUGAAUCAUAUGGGGUAAUAUUUGUUGUGGAUUCCAGUGAUGUUGAGAGAAUGGAAGAGACAAAAGAAACUAUGUCGGAAGUUCUAAAGCAUCCCAAGAUCGCAGGGAAACCUGUAUUGGUGUUAGCAAAUAAGCAGGAUAAAGAAGGCGCCUUGGCAGAAGCAGAUGUAAUUGAGUGUUUAUCUCUCGAAAAGCUUGUCAACGAGCACAAAUGUCUCUGUCAGAUUGAGCCUUGUUCAGCGAUCAUGGGCUAUGGAAAGAAAAUUGACAAAUCUAUAAAGAAAGGUUUACUCUGGCUGUUACAUAUUAUAGCCAAAGAUUUUGAUGCCUUACAUGAACGAAUCCAGAAAGACACCAUAGAGCAAAAAGCAGCUGAAGAACAAGAGAAAAGAGAGCGGGCAGAACGAGUGAGGAAGAUACGGGAAGAAAGAGAUCGGAAAGAGCGAGAAGAAGCAGAACGAGAAGGAAGAAGUGUUCCUAAUGAGGAUGACUCUGAACCAAUAAGAGACAACCCAUUCCAGCCUAUAUCAGCUGUAAUCACUGAGAAUGAAAAGAAAAUUGAACAAGAAAAGAAGAGGCAGCGGGAGGAAAAUGAGAAGUCUUCCAUUGCCUUGAAACCUAAAACAGAUCAGGAGCAAAUGGACACUCAGAGCCUGAACAGCCAGCGAUCAAAUGAGAGUAGAUUGGUAGAAAACUAUAAAUCUGCACUAACACAACGUUUGGAACAUGAAGAUGAGAAUGACCAGCAAAUCUCAGAAAGUCUUGACUCUGGGGAUAAUGCCACUUUGAAUUCUGGAAUAGAGAACAGCAAAAAGAAAACAAAGAAACUAAAAUUGAAAAGGAGUCAUCGAGUAGAACCAGUCAAUGCGGAAGAGACGGUUUCCCCGAAUCCUACACCAGUAGCACCUCUCGCACCAGUUGGCUGGGAAACUCCUACUAAAGUUAACAGAAUUCGAAAACUUGAACCUCUUGGUGAAACCCGUCGUAAUGGAGUAUAAAGAGAAGAAAGCAAGAGAAAAGAGAGAACAACAGAGAUUUCUACGGAAAGCCGCUGCCUCCACUGACUAUACGGCAAAGACCUAACAGCGAUACCCAUGAAGUAAUUUCUUAACCAACAGUCAUGUGGCAGUUUUUAAAGAAGCAUGUAUCAUGUAAAGGGAAGACCUGUAUAAGACACUGUGUUCUUGUUUCCAGAGACACCUGCUUUUCUUAAACGUUGCUGGGCAAGGACAGUAAGGCUGCCUUGGUAUCUCAGCCGUGAAUCCUAUUUCCUUCUUGACUCACCAAUUCUUCUUCAGGGUUAAUGUGGAACAAGAGAACUUACAUAAGUAAAACUCUUGGGAAAUGGAACACUUUUUUUCCUUCCUGGAAAGGAUAGUUGCAAUCCUGAAGAAAACAUUUUCAAGACCAAAUGCAACUUAACUGUGCACGUGCAAAGACUGUUUUUAAGUUUGGCUUAAUACAACAAGGAGACUUUUUCUUUUGUUCUUUUUGGGGAGUUGUAAAAUACAUGCAUGUUCAAGUGGGGGGGUAUAAAGUGUACAUUUUAACUAUUUUUAUAUUUUUCUAGUAUUUUGUUUUAACAGAACUAUUUGGUUAACAGAACUAUUUUGAAAUAUUAAAGUCCAUAGCUAUAUUCAUAAGCAGAACGUAUUUAAGAAUGUCACAUUUUCACAGCACUUCACUCUUGCAUGUGAUUUGCCUCACAAAUUGUCUUGUUACUUUGCCAUGCUCUGAUCCGCCAAGAAGAAAUGUGAGUUCAAAUGGAUGUUGUACUCACGUCUUUAGUGAACCACAGCUAGACUUCCUGGAAUAGUACCAUUUCUAUCUUCUGGAGGCAAGAUUUCAAACAGAUUAUUAGUAAUAGUCUGUGUGCAACGACCAUUCCUGGAAUUGAUUUUUCAUUUCUUCCUGUUAGAUUGUGUUGCUCUUGUGCAACAAAUGGAAUUGUAUCCAAAAUUAUGAGAGUUUUCUUCAUGGAAUCAUUUGAUUUUGACUAUAGUAACCUAAAAUGAAUUAUCUGAGAACAAAAGCCCCAAGGUCUAAGGAUGGAAACUACAAGCAAUAAAAGUUGAAAAUAAUUUAAAUUAAAUUAAAUCACUUAUUACAAAAAUUGGGAACCUGUCACUCUCCAGAUACUGUUCGACUAAAGCUUCUGUCAUCCAUCAUUUUGCAGCUGGCUGAGAGUUGCAGUCAAAUAACAUCUGGAGGGCCACAGGUUUAGUGUGUAUGCAUUUUUCUUAAGAUAACAUUGAAAUGGUACUUUUUCACACUUUUGUGUUCAGAUUUGUGCAUAUGAGAAUAUAUGAUCAGGGAAGCCACUCUACAUUUAAGUGUGAUGGGCAGCUCUGAAUAUUCUUGUACACAGUGGGUACAAAUUCACACUAGCAUUAAAGUGAAUAAGGAAGUCUCUUCUCCUAUUGGAGCCCUCUGGAGCUCUGAAAACUGUCAUGUUCUGACAAUGUAUUUCUAAACUUUUAACAAACUGGACAGGAAAGGAACAUGAAAAUAUUUCUUUGGUACUAUGUUUAUGUGUGUUUGGAUAUCAGUUAAAGAGAAUACCUUGUACACCAGAAAUAAAACUGACACAGUUGAAGCCUCA